UCCAUGUGUUGUAUUCUACUCCAUCUCAUUGUAUCGAUACCAUACAUUUUGAGUCUAAGUUCAUAUAAUUCGAUUUUUGGAAAAUUGAGAAAUGAUUCCAUUGCAAAAUAUGUAAUAAAUUAUAAAAAACUGCAGUUACAACAUACACCCAACGAUUCCUUUUUAUUUGUUACGUUUAAUAAUUCAAAAAAUUUUAAUUCUCAUAGAAUAAUAACUUAUAUUUUUAGUAAUAAACAUAUAUUGAACAAAGAACGAUAUAUCACCUCUACAUCUCCACUGGGAUUUUCCCCUAGUUGUCCAAUUUCUGAUUCAAAUCAAUCUAACAGGACGGAUGAAAUCAUUCAGAAAUUGAAGGAAGAAGUACCUAAUGCUACUAUAUUUGAUAUAUGGGAUCACUUUUCGUAUUCCGGUCACAUACGGAAGGGGGUUUUGAGUGGAAAACAGUAUCCUUCCAAGAAUAUUAAGAGACCGAAUUAUUUCAAGACCGGAAAACCAACCUAUGUAGACUACCCGUACUGCAAUAGAGACGCCAAAGAUAUUCGAGGUACAAUUAAAAAUGAUGAAGAUAUAGCUGGAAUUAAAAAUGCAUGUAGAAUAGCUAGAGAAAUACUGGAUUACGUAUCAUCCAUAGUUGUUGAGGGCAUUUUCACAGACGAUAUCGAUCGUUUUGUACACAAACUUUGCGCAAUUAAGAAAGUUUUCCCGGCGACACUCAAUUACCACGGUUUCCCAAAAUCAGUAUGCACAUCUAUCAACGAAGUAGCAUGUCAUGGGAUACCCGACAACAACCUGUUGUGUGCGGGGGAUCUUUUGAAGGUGGACCUAACUGUAUAUUCAGAUGGAUACUUUGGGGACGUGUGUGAGACUUACAUGGUUAUGCCCAUGACUAAAGAAUAUAACAAGAAAUUGUUGAAACGUAAUUAUAUGGGUCGGUCUGAGAGAAAUAAGUUAAUUUAUAAUACUGUUAGACACAAUAAUCUACAAGGGUGUGAAAAGUCUAUAAUUAACCAGACUUCCUUCAUCAAAAGUUUUAGCAAUGCAAUUAAGAAGUACGAUUUUGACAUUAAUAGUUUUAAGCUCUUAUAUUUAAUCUUUAAGGGUGACGACAAAAGGUUCAACCUUUCUCAGGACGAAAACAUGUCCGAACUUGCUAAAAAAUUACAUGAAGAGUUCAAAAUUGUUUAUGAAAACCCUGAAAAGACUUAUAAUGGUCGUGUUUUUGGUAUUACAGCUUCAGAAUUACCAACUUAUACACCUCAUCCUAAAUUCGGUAAAGCCUUCACCACUGUUGAAAAUCCCCAAAUCGUUGUGGAUCUUCUCGAUCAAAAUGACGAACUCAGAUUUAAAAAGCCUUACACCUUUUCUUACUCUUUCGAUAGGGAUCUCGAGCUUAUGAAAAUUUGUCACGAGGCUCUCAUGAAGGCCAUAUCCAUUUGCAAACCCGGAACUAAGAUCAAAAUGAUAGGUAAAACAAUUGAAAAAUACCUAAAGAGUAACGAAUGUAUUUCUUUAUCCAAUCUGUGUGGUCACGGGAUAGGUAGAAACUUUCAUGAAAAUCCAAUUGUUUCACAUGAAGAAAACGAUAGUGAUGUAAUUAUGGAGCCUGGGAUGGUUUUCACUAUUGAACCAAUCGUAACUAGGUCCGAUCUUAACUCUUUCAUGAUGUGGCCUGACGGAUGGACUAUAACCACUUUGGACGGUUCAAAGACAGCCCAAUUCGAGCAUACAAUAUUGAUCACUCGGGAUGGCCAUGAAGUUUUGACAAGAAAGAUCCCCUCAUCACCUUCUUUUUUGUGGGAAAGGGAAUUGGAAGUACUAUACUGA